AUGAAUGAAACUACAGACAAACUUAACUCUUCUCUUAUUCUUCCUUUCAGUAAGGACUAUGAGUUCUGUUCAAAUGGUGUUUAUUUCUAUUGUGGAAAGAUGGGUUCAGGUAAGACAUUUAACCUCAUUCGUCAUAUACUCAUAACAGAACGUUUAGGAAACGACUCUUACUAUGACCAAAUCAUUAUAUCAGCAACUUCAGACUCUAUGGACUCAACAGCGAAAACAUUUAUGUCAAAAGUUCAAGCCUCUGUCGUUAAAGUUCCAGACAGUGAACUCAUUGAAUUUCUUCAACGUUACAUUCGACGUAAGAGGAAAUAUUAUGCCAUCGUAGAGUUCAUACAGUCAGGAAUGCAAAAGACUUCUGAGGAGAUGGAAAGAAUUAUUGACAAACACCACUUACGUCAAUACUCAGGAGUUUACGAUAUGAAACGACUUACAAACUACAUUCU